UUUGUUGCGGUAAUAUAGUUUUUUCAUGAUACUAUAAAUCACAAAGGAAAGCUUCACUUUUAUUCUCCUCUCCAUUAUUCAUUCCUCUAGAAAAAAGGUUGUUCAACAAGAAAGAAACCUAAAAAGAAGAAAGGGUUAUCUAGAAAUGUCGGUGACAACUACGGUGGAGCAGAACCACCGGAAAGAUCCUUCGUCACCGGAGAAAGAGGCGGAGAAGAGGAAGCAGAGAUGGGCGUUUUGGGGGAGAAAGUGGAGGAGAUUAGAUUAUUUCAAACUCACUGCUUCGUUGUUUGUGCAUUCGAUGGCUCUCUUGGCUCCGUUUUAUUUCAGCUGGUCAGCACUUUGGGUUACCUUUUUGUUUUAUACGAUUGGUGGUCUCGGUAUUACGGUGUCUUAUCACCGGAACUUGGCUCACCGGAGUUUCAAAGUCCCUAAAUGGCUCGAGUAUCUCUUGGCCUAUUGUGCCCUUCUCGCCAUUCAGGGAGAUCCGAUUGAUUGGGUGAGUACUCAUCGAUAUCAUCACCAAUUCACGGAUUCAGAACGAGAUCCACAUAGCCCUAAGGAAGGCUUUUGGUUUAGUCAUCUCUUAUGGAUUUAUGAUUCCGCUUAUCUCGUGACAAAGUGUGGAAGAAGAACAAACGUGGAUGAUUUGAAGAGGCAGUGGUUCUAUAGGUUUCUUCAAAAGACAGUGCUGUUUCACAUUCUAGGACUUGGUAUCAUUCUCUUCUACCUCGGUGGCAUGUCCUUCGUUACUUGGGGAAUGGGGGUAGGAGCAGCACUGGAGGUGCACGUGACUUGUCUCAUAAACUCACUAUGCCAUGUCUGGGGCACUCGAACUUGGAAGACAAAUGACACUUCUCGUAAUGUUUGGUGGCUAUCGGUAUUUUCAUUUGGAGAAAGUUGGCACAACAAUCACCAUGCGUUCGAGUCGUCGGCUAGACAAGGACUUGAAUGGUGGCAAAUCGACAUUUCUUGGUACAUUGUCCGGUUUCUUGAGAUUAUCGGUUUAGCAUAUGACGUGAAACUGCCAACGGAAUCUCAGCGACGUCGUAUGGCUAUUGUUCGUUGAACUGCGGGAGAACAAAAAAAAGAAAAAGAGAGAUUAAUUCUAUGUAAUUAGAAUAAUUUCUAAUCCUAAAAGAGUUUAUUGUUUUUAUUUUAUUUUAUUUAUUUUACUUUUGAAGUUUUGGGUAAACGCAAUGAACGUUUCCGAUGUGUUUGUGUUGGAACAAGUUGAUUAAGAUAUUUGUCGUGAUUUGGUACUUAUAAAUCCUUAGUGGGGAGGCUGGUCUCUCUUUGUC